UUUGUAUAUAAACCUCCACCAACUCAACACUUAUUUCCUCAUUAUAUACCAAAGACGCAAUUUUUUUCUCAUCCCGUGCAGUUGAGAGAGAGAGAGAGAGAGAUAGAGAGAGAGUGUGUGCUUGUCUGUCACAGUCAUGGCGGAUUACAGGUCAAAGUUCUUGAAUGUCUACUCCAUCCUGAAAUCGGAGCUCUUGGAAGAUCCUGCUUUCGAGUGGACAGAUGCUUCUCGUAAAUGGGUCGACCGGAUGCUGGACUACAAUGUGCCUGGAGGGAAGCUGAACCGGGGGCUAUCGGUUAUUGACAGCUACAAGUUUUUGAAAGAAGGACAGGAAUUGACUGAAAAUGAAAUCUUCUUGGCCUGCGCUCUUGGUUGGUGCAUUGAAUGGCUGCAAGCAUACUUUCUUGUUCUUGAUGACAUUAUGGAUAACUCUCACACACGACGUGGUCAACCUUGCUGGUACAGAUUGCCCAAGGUUGGUAUGAUUGCAGUAAAUGAUGGGGUUCUACUUCGAAACCACAUUCCGAGGAUUCUUAAAAAACACUUCAGGGAAAAGCCAUACUAUGUUGAUCUGCUAGAUUUGUUCAAUGAGGUAGAAUUUCAGACUGCCUCAGGGCAGAUGAUAGAUUUGAUUACUACCAUCGAAGGAGAAAAGGAUUUAUCCAAAUACUCAUUAGCAAUUCACCGCCGCAUUGUUCAGUACAAAACUGCCUAUUACUCAUUUUACCUUCCAGUUGCCUGUGCAUUACUCAUGUCAGGCGAGAAUUUGGACAACCAUAUUGAAGUGAAGAAUGUUCUUGUUGAGAUGGGAACCUACUUUCAAGUGCAGGAUGAUUAUUUGGACUGCUUUGGUGCUCCAGAAAAAAUUGGUAAGAUAGGAACAGAUAUUGAAGAUUUCAAGUGCUCUUGGUUGGUUGUGAAAGCAUUAGAACUUGCCAACGAGGAACAAAAGAAAACAUUAUUUGAGAACUAUGGGAAACCAGACCCAGCUAAUGUUGCGAUAGUGAAGGCCCUUUACAAUGAACUUAAUCUUGAGGGUGUAUAUUUGGACUAUGAGGAGAAGGUGUCCAAGAAGCUGACAGCAACUAUUGAAGCUCAACCUAGCAAAGCUGUUCAAGCAUUGUUGAAAUCCUUCUUGGCUAAGAUAUACAAGAGGCAGAAAUAGAUAAUGAAUUAUCAAACAAUGAGGAGGGCCAGAAAAAGUUGUAAGAUGUAAAAUUUAUUCGGGUUAUUUUCUAACCCGAUUUGUGUUUUUAAUUUUCAGAUAAGAUUGUUGAAUUAGCAUCUUGUUCCCACCGGUUUUGCAUAGCUUGAGCUUGAAUAAAAAAAAAAAUAUAUAUAUAUAUAUAUAUAUCUAUCCUUUUCUCUUAA